AUGGUCGACACCAACGUCGACACAACCGUGGCGACCACAGUCAGCCCCGGCGAUGGCACGACCUUGGACGCCAUGCUCACCUGGAAGAGCGACGACGACUCGUCCGCCGGAGGCAGGCUCGCUUGCGCGCCGGGCGGGGUCUGUCCGUCCAGGGGCGCACCAGCCGAUGUCGUCGAUGCGGCCGCCGAAGAUUGCCCCGUUCUGGUCGAGGAGUGGCUCGCUGUUGGCGAUGCUUGCAAUCCUGUUGUGGAAGUCGCCAACGCCAGCGAUCCCGACCCCGACAGCGUCGCCCCCGUUGGUGGCGCGCCGUCUGACUCGGGCGCCGAACCUUCCGCGCUGGUCGUGGUCAUUGCGUUGCUUGAGCCCGGCGCGCUGCUAGACGCGUCGCGAAAGUCGGUCGUCGUCUGCGUCACCAGCGUCGGCACCGUCGAGACAAACGUCGUCGACGACCGCACGAUCGUCGCCAGCGAGCUCCGCGUCACCACCGACUCCGACACGCACCCGAUCCUGCCGACAUUCGCCAGUGCCAGGCUGGGAUCCCCCGCGACCCCCGGAGAUCGUGGCCAUCACUCGCUGCGUGCUGCAUCACACGCUGCAUGCUGCAUCGCACACGGCACCGCUCCACGCGAACGAACCAACGUACUCGGCAGACACCACCGACCGGCCGGCCUCGAGGGCGACGACGGGACUCGACAUGCAGAUGCAGGGGCCGUUGUGCAGGGCCAGCACGCCGGCGUGGACGAGAGGGAAAAGGAGGAGGAACUUCAUCGUCUUGGUGUGGGGCGCCAUUGGGCAUCGGGCACUGGGUUAACGUCGAUUGCCGGACGUCAGUUGUCAGAUGGCAAUUGUCAGACGUCAAAAGCGAAAUCGCGCACCGCAGCCGAUGCGCCAGGUACGAGGCCUCUGCCCCAGGAUGACGCCUCGCCAAGGUCUGCGUUCUAUGACCCCAGCAGGCCGUAUAAGACGUAG